AACUCACACAAAAUUUCAUCAACUCUUCUUUACCCUCUUCUUUCUCCCACUCUCGUUCCGUUUCUCUAUUUUUGUUUUUAUCUUUACUGUGUUUGAGACCACUCGGAAAAGGUGGCUGUAUCCAUACCAAUAGGCAUUGAUUGAUUUUAACAUGAUCCCUUGACUUGAUUUCUCUUUUGUUUUUCGUUAAUGGGAUUGAUUUCUCUGUUUGUUCUAUGGUCUGUAAUGGAUCUUUACAGUUCAUUUUUUAAAAGCUGUGUUAAUGAUAGGUUUGCCUUCAGGCAAGACUGAUCAUCAGUCCCUCCAGUUCUCCAUCACAACGUACUUUCCUCUUUUUCCCUCUCUUUUCUUGUCAGAAAAUUCUGUAUCCGUUUUUCUUCUCUUCCCACCUUUUUAUUUUCUUGAAUCUUGGCGGUUCUGUUUUGGUUCAUUAGACUUAGUUGAGUGAUUAUAUUGGAUCUGUUUGAUGCAUUUUCACGUGGGCUUGAGGGCUUUUUGUUAUUCAUCGUGAAAUAUAAGGUCAACUUCUGGACAAGACAGUUCUAGAGAUAUUUGAGAAAUACUAUGUCUGUUUCAGCAAGAAAUUUGGAACCAGCAUUCCAAGGGGCAGGACAGAAGGCUGGCAUUGAGAUAUGGCGGAUUGAAAAUUUUCAGCCGGUUGCAGUCCCAAAAGACUUGCAUGGAAAGUUCUUCACUGGAGAUUCUUAUGUGAUUCUUAAGACAACUGCACUGAAGAGUGGUGCCCUCCGUCAUGAUAUUCAUUAUUGGUUAGGCAAAGACACCAGUCAGGAUGAAGCCGGCACGGCAGCCAUCAAAACAGUUGAACUAGAUGCAGUACUUGGCGGGCGUGCUGUUCAAUAUCGUGAAGUUCAAGGCCAUGAAACUGAGAAGUUUCUUUCUUAUUUUAAGCCAUGUAUAAUACCUCAAGAAGGCGGAGUUGCCUCGGGCUUCAAACAUGCUGAGGCUGAGGAGCACCAGACCCGCUUGUAUGUAUGUAAAGGAAAGCAUGUAAUUCAUGUGAAGGAGGUGACAUUUGCUCGAUCCUCUCUAAACCAUGAUGACGUCUUUAUUCUAGAUACAAAGUCUAAAAUUUUUCAAUUCAAUGGUUCCAACUCUUCCAUUCAAGAGAGGGCUAAAGCUUUGGAAGUUGUUCAGUACAUUAAAGAUACCUAUCAUGAUGGAAAAUGUGAAAUAGCAGCUGUUGAGGAUGGAAGAUUAAUGGCUGAGGCUGAGACUGGAGAAUUUUGGGUUUUCUUUGGUGGCUUUGCUCCACUUCCAAAAAAAACAAACACUGAUGAACCCAUGAGUGCUGAUCUUAUUUCGUCUAAGCUUUUCUGUGUUGAGAAGGGAGAGGCAGUACCUGUCGAGGCUGAUUCUUUGACAAGGGAGUUAUUAGACACAAGUAAAUGUUAUAUUCUUGAUUGCGGGAUGGAAGUCUUUGUUUGGAUGGGCAAAAAUACUUCUCUUGACGAAAAGAAAGCUGCAAGCCGCACAGCUGAUGAGCUACUUCGUGGCCCUGAUAGAUCUACAUCUCAUGUAAUCCGUGUGAUGGAGGGUUAUGAGACAGUGAUGUUCCGCUCGAAGUUUGAUUCCUGGCCCCAAUCAACCAGUGUGACUGGGUCUGAGGAGGGUAGAGGGAGGGUUGCAGCACUUCUAAAGCGCCAAGGAGUUAAUGUGAAGGGUCUUGUGAAAACAGAAUCUCCCAAAGGAGAACCUGAACUCCAUAUAGACUGCACAGGCGAUUUACAGGUUUGGCGUGUGGAUGGUCAAGAGAAGACUCUUCUUGAAGCUUCUGAUCAGUCAAAGUUUUACAGUGGGGAUUGCUAUAUCUUUCAAUAUUCUUAUUCUGGGGAACAAAAAGAAGAAUAUCUCAUAGGGACAUGGUUUGGAAAGCAAAGCGUCGAGGAAGACAGAGUAGCAGCAAGUGGACACGCUAGCAAGAUGGUCGAGGCAAUGAAGUUCAUACCCACUCAGGCUCGCAUUUACCAAGACCAUGAACCAGUCAUGUUCUUCGCCAUUUUCCAGAGCUCCAUUGUCUUUAAGGGCGGCCUGAGUAAGGGAUACAAGAAUUACAUAGCCGAGAAAGAACUUCCAGAUGAUACAUAUUCGGAGGAUGGACUUGCAUUAUUUCGAGUUCAAGGGAGUGGACCCGAGAAUAUGCAAUCAAUUCAAGUUGAACCUGUGGCAUCAUCAUUGAAUUCUUCCUACUGUUACAUUCUACACAGUGGAUCCUCUAUAUUUACCUGGUCUGGAAAUCUGACAACAUCUGACGACCAGGAGCUUGCUGAGAGGCAGCUGGAUGUUAUAAAGCCGAACAUGCAGUGUAGAGUUCACAAAGAAGGUUCAGAAUCCGAUCAAUUUUGGGAGUUAUUGGGUGAAAAAACUGAAUACCCAAGCCAGAAAAUUGCAAGAGUAGCUGAAAGUGAUCCUCAUCUGUUUUCAUGCACUUUAUCCAAGGGAGAUCUGAAGGCAACAGAGGUAUACAAUUUCAGCCAGGAUGAUCUAAUGACUGAAGAUAUCUUCAUUCUUGAUUGUCGCUCAGAUAUUUAUGUCUGGGUUGGGCAACAGGUUGAAUCCAAGAAUAAGAUGAAUGCUUUAAGUUUGGGGGAGAAAUUUAUGGAGCGUGAUUUUCUUCAUGAGAAUUUAUCUCCUCAAGCUCCAUUAUAUAUCGUUAUGGAAGGAAGCGAGCCAGCAUUUUUCACUCAUUUUUUCACUUGGGACCCCAAAAAAUCUGCUAUGCACGGUAACUCUUUCCAAAGAAAACUUGCUAUUCUAAAAGGAACUCCAGUGUUGGAUAAACCAAGAAGGAGAAUACCUGUAUUUGGUGCAAGGUCGUCCGCACCAGAAAAACCACAGCGUUCCAGAAGCGUGUCUUUUAGCCCAGACAGAGUUCGUGUAAGAGGCAGGUCACCUGCGUUCAAUGCUCUAGCAUCCACUUUUGAGAAUCCCAACACAAGAAAUUUGUCGACUCCUCCUCCAAUGGUGAGAAAGAUUUUCCCAAAAUCAGUUGUCCCGGAAUCAGAUAACCAGUCUUCAAGAUCAGCAGCUAUAGCAGCAUUAAGUGCAGGUUUUGAAAAAAAAGGGUCUCCUCGGAAAUUCAUUAUUCCUCAUUCUCUUAAAACGAGCGGCGAGGUAUCCAAACCAAGAUCCGAAGGGAAUUCCAGGGAAAACUCAGUGGAACACUUGAAACCCAAGCCAGAAACCAUACAAGAAGAUGUAAAGGAGGAUGAACCUGAGGACGACGAAGGGCUUCCAAUAUACCCAUAUGAGCGUCUUACAACGGUAUCGGAUAAUCCAGUUGAAGAUAUUGAUGUGACUAAGAGAGAGACUUACUUGUCCUCGGAAGAGUUCAAGGAGAAAUUCGGGAUGGCUAAAAGUGCCUUCAACAAGCUGCCUAAAUGGAAACAGAACAAGCUUAAGGUGACACUUCAAUUGUUCUAGUCCUAGCAAGGCUUCUAACUCUCUCAGCUUCCACCGGCAUACGUUGCAGAUAAGAGAGCACGACUGCAAAGAAACAAAUUCAGAAAAUUGUCCAGCUGAGGGACAGUAUCAGUGCAUUUUUUAGCUGCGUCAGCUCACACGAUGCUUUUCUCCGUACCAGCUGACGAACUGGAGAUGAGCGUCUAAUGUCUUGAAGCUUAUAGCAAGUUCUUGAUUUUUGUUUCUCUAAGGUAGUUUCUAGAUAUUCAUUUGCUUGAAUUUUUUGUUUACCUUUCAGUGCAGUUUC